AUGACUGUGCACUCUCUCGCCUCUUCUUGCCCGGCAUCAGCGGGAAUCAAGGAACUCCCAACAUUCGGUAGUUUAUACCUGACUACCUCUGUACCUACUGCCAUACACACCUGCUAUCUCUUUGUGCGCUUCAUCCUACCCCAGCCCGCGGGCUGCCAACAUCCACCACCAUGUUUUGCCUCCGAAGGUAAGAAAGAUCCUACUCUCGUUCCAACAAACCUAACUAAUCUCGCUAUUUCCAGCUGGUUACCACUUCUCUUCAUUCCUACCAACGCAUCCCCUCUGUUCAUCAUCUCCUUCGUCGCCCUAACCUAUAUAAUCCACCGGCCAUGCAUCUACUGUUCAGCCCUGUUGCUGAUUCUCUUCAUCUCGUCCUGUCACUGGGCAGACCGCUGCAUCUUUGAUUUGCGCAGCAACUGGUUUGCGCCGCGCUACAGCUCCACACCUGAUUACUAUCCCUCAAUCUCGGGCAACGGCACCUCUGCGGCAGUGGACCCCAAUGAGAGUCUGGCUGGGUUUGUCUUUGAGACUCUCAAUUCAACAGCCAAGACGUUAGCGGGCGCUGCGGUCGAUGGUGUACAACAGCAGCUAGCUUCGCGCGGACUGGAGUCCAGACCGGAGGAGUGGACGGGCGUGGGCUUGGAGUGGUUGCGGAGUCUCCUCGGGCGUCGGGAAUGGACUCUUCCCUGCGUGGAUGUCAAGGUUCGCCUAUGA